AACUACGGGGAAUACUAAUGGGAGGAAAAGCGCAGCGGAGGCAAAAAGGCCCUCGCUCCUUUAAGAGAAGGUUAAGUUGAACGCGUGCCAAGGAAAACUGCAAGGCAAUCGGCAGGAACCAACAUCUCUAAGGACUUAAAACAGGGUCACUGAUAUUGGUCGGUUAACCUUCUACCCUGACCCUUGCGGGAGUUGUUGAUCGAAUCACGUUCAUUUGACGGUCGGGCGCCGCCUUGGAUAUGAAGUGAGAGCAAUAUAUCUCUCCCCAAGACAAUUGCCUUGUUACAUUCUCUGCCUGCACUUGCUGUCCUGUAACUGGGUUAUAAAACUCUCGCACCGCUGUACGUGCAAGGAGGCCACUGGAGCGAAAACUUCGCGAGGCAACUGGAAGAGUUGUUAUGUUCGUGGGGCCUUUUUAGGAUUUGGUAUCAGAAAUGGCUGCGACGCCAAGUAGGGUUUUCUUUCUCCGGUGUGUGGUUCUCUGCAUUGUCUUGACAAACAUUGCGGCACAAAAAUGUACCAAGAAGUGUCCCAAAGCGACCAGGCCCGUUUGCGGUUCCGACGGUAAGACGUACAAGAAUCAGUGCAAGUUGGAAAACAGGCAAUGCUAUGAUUCCAGCUUAUAUCACGUCAGCGACGGAGCAUGCCGACGCUGCAAGCGGCGAUGCGGCGACACGUACGAGCCAGUCUGCGGCUCGGACGGCGUGACGUACGACAACCUCUGUGAACUGGACAACAGCGCUUGCGACAACCCGAUGGUAUCCAUGCAGGCCAACGGAGAAUGCCCAAAGGAGGUGAUUCUGAUGAACUUCCAGACUGAUCUAGUCGCCGUGGGAGUCACGACAGGCCCCAGCGACGUGACCUUCGAGUUGAUCGUCACCAGCGCCCCGGGCAGCCAGAGCAUCAGCGGCCGGGGUCUGUGGAAGCUUGGAAUCUACGGUUGCCGCUACGAGGACGGCUGGUGUGACAAGAUCGGUCACCUUCCACAGAUCCUCAGCAAUGAGCAGGCUUCGACCUUUCUGGUAGGCGGCCAACAGAUGGUGAUUCAGGACAUAGUAGCCCACUUCGAUGUCAGCAUCAUCGGUUGCGACGACCUUCCGUAUAUUUGCACCGAGUUCGGGAAGGGAAACAACCCACGACCGGACUUCACGCUGACCAUGGGCUUCUUUGAUACCGCCAUCAGCUGCUGGAGGCUUGAGUGCCACCAGUUACCCGUUACAGAUCCCCCGGUUGUGACUCAAGCCUGCCGCUACCAGUGCCCCGAAUCAGGCAAUGUUGUAUGCGGUAGUGAUGGAAAGGCGUACAACACAGAGUGUGUUCUGGAUAAUGAGAGACGGUGCGGAGAAGAUCCAAACAGUUACUUGCUGACAAGGAAACACUACGGACCUUGUAGGAAAGGUGUUAUCAUCGACUCAAUGUUCUGGUCGGCCCAGGCCAAGGAAGCUCCCGGCCCAACAGGUGACACUCUGAUAGCUGUGGAGGCGCUCAUCAUAUCCAACUCAACAGGAGAGAGCAUCUCUGGCAGGAAUCUUUGGCGUGUUGGGUUUUACGGGAGCCAAUUUGCCGACGGGUCAGGUCCCAGGCUGGGUUACAUCCAGCAGAUGCUAGACAGCUCACUGGCUUCUACCACACUGGCUGCUGGCAAGGCCAUUGUGCUGAAUGCAGAGGCUGAGUUUGAUGUCGCUGGGGUGGGAUGCUCUCGUUACACGUUCAUAUGUCUUGAGUUCACCAAGGGAGAUUCACCCCAGCCUCCAUUCCCUUUCCAUGGGAAUGCUGGACCUGAGGGUGCUGGUGUCUUCAUGUCAUGCCAACCAGUGCCGUGUGACAGGGAACCUGAACCAGAACUUCCAGAUGAUGGUCGCAUGAGAGUGGUCGUUGGUCAAUUAGGCUGGGGACUACGAGCAGGUGGACUCCGGCCAGAUGGCCUUUAUGACGUCACCCUUAACCUGAAUGCACAGAUAAUGCCAACAAGUGACUACGUUGCAGGCAGUAACCUGCUGCGGGUGGGCCUCUUUGGUAGCCAGAACCAAGACGGUAGUGGUCCUAAGCUCGGUUUCCAGAGACAAACCCUGACCAGCCGAGAUACCUCCCGUACCUUGGUACCAAGUAGCAAUCUAGUGAUUGAGGACAUCCAGACAAAGUUCCCAGUGACAGGUUUAGGUUGCUCCGAGUAUGGGUUCCUGUGCCUUGAGCUUGCCAAAGGCGAUGGGGCCAAUCCAGACUUCAUCUUCAUCUCAGAGAACACUGACACCACCUCAACUCAGGAUGCGGUGAUAUUAUGCAAGGAGAUUCCUUGCAGAAACCCAGGUGGGGGCCAGACUGGUGGUGGUGGUGGUGGUGGCGGCGGUGGUGGUGGUGGUGAAAGUGCAGGGACAAAGACAGGCAGACUCAAAGCCCUCAAGUGGCAUCUAUCAGUUAACCAUUUCAACAGUCCCCAACCAAGUGAUCUCGCCAUACAGGUCGUUGGGACACAACACCCACUGACUGAUGUUAUCACAGGAGAUGGCCUAUGGCGAGUGGGCCUUUAUGCAAGUGACGACAGUGACCCACUUGGAGCAAAGUAUCGGUACCAGCCCCAGAUCCUGUCAGAGGAGGAACAGGCAAUCCCUCUAAGUCCUGAUGCACCACUGGAAUUCUCUGAAAUCAAUGCUAGGUUCAAUGUUGAUGGUCUAGGUUGUGGGCAGUUGAACUACAUUUGUAUUGAAUUUACAAGAGGUAAUUCUCCACAGCCAGACUUUCAACUGCCACUUCCACAUGAGGACAAUGAUGGUGUAACGAAGCGAUUCUCCUCAUGCAAACCAUGGCCAUGUCAAGAUCCAGAUGGUGACAGUGACACUGGUGUUCACGGGGGUGGUACUGGAGGACAAGGAGGUAACACAGGAGGUCAUGGUGGUGGUAUGGGAGGUCAGGAUGGUGGAGCUGGGGGUCAUGGUGGUGGAGCAGGAGGUCAAGGUGGUAGUAUGGGAGGCCAAGGUGGUGGAAUGGAAGGUAAUGGUGGUGGAACUGGAGGUCACGAUGGUGGAACUGGAGGUCAUGGGGGUGGAACUGGAGGUCAGGGUGGUGGCAUGGGAGGUAAUGGGGGUGGUGUUGGAGGUCAUGGUGGUGGAAUGGGAGGUCAAAGUGGUGUCAAUCCCCCUGAACCUGGAGCAGAUGCACCUUUUGUUGCCUUCAAAAACCUUCAUUGGAGCCGUCGUAGUAGCCCUGUCAAUUCAGAUGGUACAUCUAUGGUCAAUGUUGCCUUUACACUGACACCCCAUGAUUCUAGUGAUCCCAUUGAGGGGUACAAUCUCUGGAAGGUUGGAAUGUUUGGAAGUGACGCCUCUGACAAUACAGGAGCUCGAUUUGAUGAAAGGGAGGAUGUCCUGUCAACCAGUGAUCGCUCCAGACCACUCGUACCAGGAAAUCCUCUUGUAUUUAACAUUACAACUCCAUUCAAGAUGCGAGGCAUAGGCUGUGGGAACUACCCUUAUCUGUGUAUGGAGUUUACCAGAGACAAAUUCUCUUGGCCAGCAUUUCGACUUGCUUUGGGCCAAGCUGAUAGCAUAGUGUCCUGCCAGCGUGUUACAUGUGAUCCGAAUGCAGGAAAUGCUAAUCGAGGCCAUGGGGGAACCCUGGACCCUAGUCUACCCACAGCCAGUUUCCACAACAUCAGCUGGACUGCCAGCGCAGGAAAUACUCUGCCAGGAGUUCCAACUGACCUCAGCAUCCAUGCCAUUAUCUUCCCUAAGUCUAACACUGACACCAUCCAGGGGCGUCGGCUUUGGCGGCUAGGUCUGUUUGGCAACACAUAUAGGGAUGGCACAGGAGCAGAUAGGAUCGGAUACGUUUCUCAGAUCUUACCACCUAAGCAGGCCAAGAAGCCACUGCGCCCCGAUUCUCCACUGGAGUUCAACGUAGAUGCCCGGUUCCUCCUUCACAACUUUGGAUGCGACCUUCACCGGUACAUCUGUAUUGAGUUCGCACAACACGAGGACCCUCAACCAAAUUACAAUUUUCCUGUUGAGAAUGGUGCCCAUGUGUCCUGCAGACCCUACUUAUGCCAAGACCCACCACAACCAGAACAUAAUCCCAACAGAAAUGUUGCAAGAAUUGAAACCUUCACUUGGCACAUGCUGCCUCCAGAGAUCAACUUAGAAGGCCCAACAAACCUCAGACUAUUUGUUGACGUUGUGCCAGAUAUGCAAACAGAUGUCAUUAAUGGAGAUAACCUGUGGAAAAUCGGGAUAUAUGGGAGUAGGAACCGAAGAGGCGGGGAGCCUUUUGAAGAACGUCUGGAUUAUGAUCCACAGCUCCUUCAGGUUCCUGAUGCCAGAAGAACCCUGGCCCCAACUAGGCCCUUGAACUUUGAUGUCCACACCAAGUUCGACUUGAUGAGGCUGGGCUGUGGCCCAUUCAAGUACUUGUGUGUGGAAUUCGCCAAGGAUCAUUUGGCCAACCCAGACUUUGAAAUGGCGCUGGCAAGCGGAGAUCUUACAGUCAACUGUCAGAGGAUCCCAUGCCAUCCAACCAGAGGCACAGGUGAAACUGAUCACACAGGUGGUCAACCCGACCACACUGGGGGUCAACCAGACUCAGGUCCUUUGAAGAUAGCAGGCUUUACAAAUGUCUACUGGCGAGUCCUGACUCCAACCAUCUAUUCAGAUGGACAGAGUGACCUCCACAUCCUAGUGGAGCUGACCCCUCACCAAAAUUCCGAUGCCAUUGUUGGCAGUGAAGGCAGCGGGUUCUGGCGGGUUGGCAUAUUCGCAAACCGCAAUGAAAUGGGAACACAGGCUCAGAAGCUAAACUACGACCGGCAGAUCCUGAGCCAGGAAGAUAGCGACCAAAACCUCCUACCACCAGACCCUCUGAACUUUGACAUCAUGGUACAAUUUGACCUGCGGAGGGCCAACUGUGAAAGUGAAUUCCCAUUUCUGUGUCUGGAGAUUGCCAAAGGGGAUACAGCCCAUCCAAAAUUUAACCUUCCCCUACCAGAUGGGGCCCUCACAUUUGUGACAUGCCAGAGCGCUCCAUGCCUUCCAACAAACCAGGAGGGUGGUCACGUUGACAGUGGGCAUGGUGAGGGUGCUGGACAUGGCCACUUACCAGUUGUCACAGUCACAACGGUCAAUAUUGGAGGUGUCAACAUCCACCCUGAUGCCAGGAAUGAUCUAGAACUCGACAUCAUAGUGUACAUGUCACCAGAAAGCCCGGCCAUCAGAGGUUCUAAUCUGUGGAGACUUCAGAUGUGGGGCAGUGCCAUGCCAGAUGGCAGUGGACCUCGUAUGGCAAGCGUGGACCAGGUACUUCCAAGUGAACUUGUCAACCGAAAUUUUGUGCCGCCUGAGCCCCUGUUUUUCCCAACAGUCCCGUUUACUUUGGACAUGAGCGGUCGAGAGUGUCGGGAGGUUACACACAUCUGUGCUGUCUUCUCCAAGUUGGAGUCUUCCAACCCAGAGUUUGAGCUUGAGGCCAGUCCUGACGCUAGUGUACUCACCGUCUGUCGACCAGUUGAAUGCUUUGAGCCACGCAAUCCCCAGAUUGCUGUCACUGGUCUCUCUCUCUUCCACUCUGCUGCCACCACUGUCUAUGCUGGACGCCCCAACCGAAUGCUCCUCGGUAUCCGCAUCAACUACGAUGAGCCAGACAGCGUGGGGUUUGAUGGCACAGACCUAUGGGGCCUGAAACUCUGGCUAGCCCCCAAGGCCAACGGCAAAGGCAAGAAGCUAGGAGCAGUUAAGCAGGGUCUGAGCGACGAGCAGGCUGCCCAGCCGCUGGUGGUCGGACGAGAUCUGGAGUUUGAGGACAUCACCUUCAGUGCCAACCUCUUAGGCAAGAAGUGUAAGGAUGGCAGAUACAUCUGUGCCACACUGUACAAGAGCAACGGGGCCAGUACGUCCUAUGUCCUCAUUGCCAAACCCAACGUAAAGAAACUAACCAAAUGCGUGCCUGUUAACUGCGCUUAAAUGACACUGGCAUGAACAUGUUUCAAAUAGUAAACUGUAUAUUCCCGUUUAGUAAUAUUGCCUAUAUACAAAAUAGCCAAUCUCGGUCUGUGUUUAACUUUGCAAUUUAUUUGUGCUGCUAAUUCCACUGCUUUCUAAAACUAAUUGUAAACAAACCACAUGUUUUAUGGAGAGUAAAUAAAUGAAGUUGAAAGGUCAGUCAACAAACAACAUUCUUUAUUUCACAUCAUAUUAAAAAUAAAUAAAAAAAUUUACAAUUGUUUUUCUUCAAAUUAUCCAGUAUCUAUUCAAAUUUCCCAAAAUUCAUUAUUGAAAUGUAAUCAUUACAUGUACAUUUAAAAAGACACUUUUGUUGGGUUGACCAAUUUUUUUAAAUACAUAUAGACAAUUGAUGGUACAUGUAUUUUUUUCAAUUUUCAAGCUUUACAAUCAAGCACUGCAUUAAAAGGAAAAAAAGUCCAUUUGGUUAAUAAGUUUAACAAUAUUGUUUCUGUGCAUUCUGUCAUAAAAUAUUGUGCUAGUUUAAUUAGAUUUGUAAAAAUUGUAAAUGUUGCAAGGGAUGACAUUUCCAUUCUAGAAAUCUUUUUCAAGGUUAAGCGAUUCUCAAUUUUUAAAAGGUUGAAAGGAGGCACAAAAGGAGAGUGGCACGUCAAGUACUACCAAGAAAGAAAUGGGGGGGGGGGGGUUGGUGGUGGAAAGGGGUUACCCCUCCUUCCAAAGACAUAUUUCCAUAGCGGCAUUAAUUGAUCCCGUACAUGCACAAUUUGGGUCAAAACAUACUAACGUUUUGAUUCCAAACUAUUUGGCCCUUUUUAGAAAGACAUACUUAACUAGUGCAUCGUGUUUAAAUGGUCGCUUUUGCUUGCAAUGUUUGUGCAUACAUAGCGAAAUACUUGGCACUCCCAUGGAUGUGCUAAAUGGUGUGCAUAGUAAUAAAACAUCAUAUCAAUGA